GCGCCCUCUAGCGCUAACAAUUAAACCCGAAAGGUUGCGGCACAUGCGCAGGAAGGUCUGUGCCCCUUGAACGUUUGCUGCAAAAGAUAAACGGUGGAUAUUUACGUUUGAGGACAUCAAAGCUAAACCCCAGAACAAUAUUUGCUCACAAAUAUGACAAAACGGAAGGGUUCUGAUCCUGAAGAUUCUCCCAUACUACAAGACGGUGUUGCUGACACAACAGAUGAUUCACUGGCGGUCACAGCCAUCCAGUCAGCAGCUGCAUUUUCAACAGACCAGCAAAUUAAGUAUCAUCUUCUAAAAGCGGAAGCAACAGGGGGACAGGUUACCUAUCGCGUCAUCCACUUGGCUGACGGGCAGGUCGAAGGCCAUGCAGACGGAGCCGCAGCAGUCAGUGUGGUGACUGGAUUUCCCACAGCAACCCAGGCAGCAACACCACCUGCUGUAAUGUCGGAGAGUGUGGAGGGAGAAACAUCUGAAACUCAGUACUACUAUCCUGCCACCCUCUCUGACACAACUGCUGGUGCCAUGGUAACCGGUCUCCAGACAGCUGAUUCGGUACUAUCUCAGCCUACUUCUGCAGGUCAGCUCUAUGUAAUGAUGUCACCACAGGAUGUUCUAGCCACAACGCAGCCGAGUAAAUCAGGAUCCCAGCGUGUUUCCAGGGAUGACAAGCGGCGGGCUCAACACAAUGAAGUGGAACGCAGACGGAGGGACAAGAUCAACCAAUGGAUUGUUCAGCUUUCCAAAACCAUCCCAGACUGCACUUUUGACGCAAAGAGUAAUCAAAGUAAAAGUGGGAUCUUGUCAAAGGCAUGUGACUAUAUCCAGGAGCUGCGUCAGAGCAAUGCACGACUGGAGGAUGAACUUAAUACUGCCGAUAGACUAAGGAUGGACAAUCAGCUUCUUAGAAAAGAGAUGGAGGAGUGGAAAUCGAAGAAUCAGAUGAUCAGAAACCAGUUGAGACAGCAUGGCAUUGUGGCGGCAUCAAUGGACUCGCAGUGAAGCAAUGCUGAUCCACUGUAUGAUUCUCCAAUGUGGCUUGUCUUUAGUUCUGUUUAUACAGGUUUGAAAUCACAUUUACGAAGACUAUUUUUAAUGUGGACAAUCACUGUUUUUUCCUCUUUCUCUCCCUCUUGUUUGACUUCACACACAGCCUUUGAUUGUUUGUCAGGGUAAUCUGGUAUUUUAACUCGCACUGAAUUUGCUUGUAAUUGUCAGAUCUGUAUAUUUUUAAGACUACUUUGCAAAUGUUUGGGGUAUAUAUUUUUUAUUGUUAUUGAAAUGUUGAUUUCAAAAAAUGAUAUACUUUUGAAUUUCUUAAGCAAUGGCUUGACAAUCAACUGGAACCAGAACACCAGUUUCAGUUCCUCUUAAUAGUUAAUAUUAAAAUUAUCAAACCCAUCGCAGUUCAAGAAUUUAAACAAUGUUUUACACAACAUUGUUUGAACAAAUCUUUGUUAAACCUUAUAUUAUUCGUAUUAUUAAGAAUAUUUGGUUAAGCAUUGUCAGUUUGUUGAUUUAUCGAACUCCGCUGCUUGGUGAACCAGUACAAGUGCACAGAUUUGUGGAAAUUGACAUAUUUUACUAAAUACCAAAAAUAUGCAAAUACAAAUUAUUAAUAAAGCACCCUUUGUUGUGA